UGGCUUGAGACUUUUCAAAACAAUCAAGUCUUCUUAUACAAUUUAUAAAACUCUAAUCUUUCAACACAGGCAUCAAAAUUACAUUCCACACCCAGAAGCUAUGGGCACAACCUCUAGUGCACUUGUGAUGUUAUUUGCUCUUUUUUUCAUUGAAAGACUUGAGUUCAUUUGCAGUAGUAUAAAUUCAAAUGUGAGUUGCAUAACGAGUGAGCGAGAAGCUCUUAUGAAAUUCAAAGGAAAUCUGACAGAUGAAGCAAAUCGUUUAUCCUCGUGGGUUGGAGAGGACUGUUGUACGUGGAAGGGAGUUGGUUGUAGCAGCAAAACAGGCCAUGUUGUGAAGCUUGAUCUGCGUAAUCCAAUUCGCAAACCAUCUUCGACCUUCUCUAGCGAUUAUUCAAAUUUCGAAAUGAACAAAUUGGGUGGUCAGAUAAGUCCUUCCUUACUCGAUUUGAAUCAUUUGCAUUACCUAGACUUGAGCAUGAACGAUAUGCAAAUUUCUAAUUCCUUAGGAUCUUUGAAAAGCUUGAGAUACCUUGACCUCUCUUGGUCAAUUUUCAAUGCAACGAUUCCUCAUAAUCUGGGAAAUCUUUCAAGGUUGCAGUAUCUCAACCUUAGCUAUAAUUAUUUACCUGGUCCAAUUCCUGAUACACUUGGAAGGUUGACCUCUCUCACAGUCCUUGACCUUUCAAGUAACAACUUCAAUGAUUCAAUGUCGUAUUCUUUGUGUAACCUGAGCAAUCUUGUCCAUAUAGAUCUUAGUGAUACUAGCCAUAGAGGUGCAAUCCCCCAUUGCCUUGGGAAUCUUGCUUCUCUUUCCAUCCUCAGGUUGAAUUUUAAUCAACUUCAAGGUCCAAUUCCAAGUGAGAUGGGAAAUAUGACACAACUUACAGAGCUUGACCUCUCUUUGAAUGCCUUUGCAUUUGAAAUACCAAAAUCCAUGAGGAACCUCUGCAACUUGCGUGUAUUGGAUUUGUCCAAUAACAUGUUCACUGGAAAGCUUUCAACUUCUAUUGGAAGUCCAUUUGGUUGCAUCCAUAAUAGUUUGGAAGAUUUGUCUCUUUCUUCCAAUAAGUUGAGUGGUGGUCUGCCAAACCAUUUGGGAGAGUUUAAGAAACUAGAGAGGCUUAUUAUUGGAUGGAAUUCAUUUUAUGGUCCGCUGCCAUCAUCACUCGGAAGACUAUCAUAUUUGAGAGAGUUAGAUAUUAGUGACAAUCAAUUGAAUGGGAGCAUUCCAAUUAGUCUUGGACAACUUUCAAAACUAGAAUCUCUAUAUUUGUCGAACAAUUCAUUUGUUGGCACCGUAUUUGAACUUCACUUUGCUAAACUCAAGAGUUUAAAUGAAUUGUACUUGGAUUCAAAUUCAUUAGUUUUGAAUGUGACCUCCCAAUGGGUUCCUCCCUUUCAACUCCAAGUCAUAGAAUUGUCAUCCAUCAAAGUAGGACCCCAAUUUCCUCAAUGGCUCGAAACACAAAAAAAUGUUACAGAGUUGUACAUGUCUAAUGCAAGCAUCUCAGUUGUCAUUCCUGAUUGGUUUGAGAGUAUUUAUUGUGGCAUUAUAAACUUGGAUCUUUCCAACAAUCAGAUCAAAGGAACGGUACCAAUAUUUAAAAAUUGUAAAUAUAGAGAUAGUGCUGAUGACAAAUGGUUACAAUUGGGUUCUAACAGAUUUGAGGACCCACUAACACCGCUUCCUUCACAUGUUCUUUUCUUAGAUCUCUUCAACAACUUGCUUUCAAGACCUAUUACUGUGAGUGAUGAUAAUGCGACGAGCAUCAAGUAUCUUUUUCUCUCAAAUAACCAUUUGACUGGUGUCAUUCCAGCGUCUUUGUGCAAGGCACAGCGUAUAACUGUUAUUGAUUUCUCAAACAAUCAGUUAUCAGGAAAAAUUCCUCCUUGCUUGGGGCAGUUGGAUCAGUUGUCGGUGCUAGAUUUGACGAAUAAUGGUCUAUAUGGUGAAAUUCCAAGUUCAUUGGGUUCCCUACAAUUUCUCAAUUCCUUGCACUUGCGUAACAAUAAGUUUUAUGGGAAGCUUCCUUUGUCCUUACAGAAUUUGACGGAUCUUUUCACCAUUGAUCUAGGUGAAAAUGUGUUCACUGAUAAUAUCCCUCCAUGGAUUGGAUAUAACCUAACUAAUCUUAAAUUUCUCAAUCUUCAAUCAAAUAAUUUCUAUGGUGAUAUUCCUCCGCAACUCUGUCAUCUCCAAAAAUUGCAUUUGUUGAACUUGGCACAAAAUAACAUAAUGGGAAAUAUCCCUCGUUGUUUUGGCAACUUCACUGCCAUGGUUGCACUAGAUCAUGAGGGCAUAAGAUAUAUGGCUCGCCCUCGUGAAGAGUACAUUGUGGAUUCAAUGAAAGGAAGAGAACUGGAAUACACCAAGACAGCUAAAUUUCUCAUCUCCAUGGACCUUUCGAACAAUGGCAUUGUUGGAGAGAUUCCAGAAGAGUUAAUGGAUCUUUUUGGGUUGCUCAACUUGAAUUUAUCUGGAAAUCAUCUAAAAGGAAGGAUCCCUAAUAAUAUUGGCAAUUUGACACAAUUGGAAUCUCUUGAUUUGUCUCGAAACAAACUUUCUGGCCCCAUUCCUCCAAGUCUGUCUAGUUUAACCUUCCUAAGUCAUUUGAACAUGUCAUUCAAUAAUUUAUCAGGGCGAAUACCAACGGGAAAUCAACUUCAAACUCUCAAUGAUCCUUCCAUUUAUAUAGGCAACGAUGGCCUUUGUGGUGCACCACUCCUAAACAGUUGCCUCGAUAAUAAAUCAUCUGAUGGUGAUCACAAACAUGCUGAUGAGAGUAAAGUUGCAGAUGAAACUGAUUUUUUGUGGUUCUACACUGGCAUUGGACCUGGUUUCCUGGUUGGGUUCUUGGGGGUCUGUGGCACUUUGAAUUUCAAGAGGUCUUGGAGGUAUGCAUACUUCCAGUUCAUCGAAAACAACUACAAUUGGAUAUCAAUGAACAUAGCAAUCAAGCUCGCUCAGCUAAGGAGGAUGUUCAACAAAGGCAAAUUUGGAGGAUGAAUUUAUCACCCAAUUGGGUCUUAUAUUCAGCUGGAGAAAGGACCCUCAGAGGAAAGCAGCAUUGAGAUCAUGUUAUGGAUUUUCUUGAGUUGUUGGAAAGAAAUAAGUUUGAAUAAUUCUAUAGUUCUAGUAUAUGUGUUGAUGGGGUUUGAUGAUUUUGUGCCUUUUGUAAAAUAUUCUAAGUCUUUCCUUAAAUAAAUGAUUUGUGAACUAUCAUAUUGUCCAGAAUAUGUUAUGUAUUCUCCUUUUAUUGGUGAAUUCUAUGAUUUUUGCCGAUUGAGGCCACA